CUUUGAUCCACUUUUUUCUCGAUAACAACACUUGACAUCUUUACACCAUCGUAAGGCGUACAUGGUUUGAUACCAACAUAGAAGGACAAGUGAUCAUCAUCGCGAUCGUCUUACAACCAGCGGAUCGUUGAUCAAAGGUCGUCAUGUAUGCAUGGAUCGCAAAAUGGUCAGAAGAGAUGAGGAUGAUAGAAUAAGGAUGCCACAAGGACCUGCACCAAUACAAAAAGCCUACAAUGACACUGAUUACGACUCAGAUAGCGCUUCUUCUAACGAUUGCGAAGGUAUUCGUAUGCCGGAUGGCCCACCUCCACCAAGAGCGCCCACAGGUCCUAGAGCAAGUGUGAUUCAGCCUCUGCCAGGUCAGCCUCCUUUGCCACGAGAAGCGCCUUCUUUGCCUGGAGCUCCAGGAGCCCACUUUGCUCGUCCGCCUCCAAUGUAUUAUCAGGGCAGUACAUCUUUACCAAAUCAGUAUGAACCCUAUUCCAGCCCAAGAGAUCACAAUUCCACACGUACAUCACAUCCAUUACCUUCCCGACCUCCUCCUUCAACUUCACAGGCAAUUGUACCGCCCGGACCGCCACCAGGAAAGCCGACUACAGUAAUCAGUGCAGAACCUGUUCUUCGUGAUUUAAAGAAAGAAUCAACAGCUUUCGUACCAACUGCAAUUCGUAAAAAGCAAGCAGCAGAAAAAGCAAAAGCAGCUAAAGGAGGAUUACCCGGUUCGGUAAAUGCUGCACCUGGAGCAAUACGAGACAGAGGAACCGAAGAAGAACGAAGUGAAUUAAUCACUUCUUUACAAUCACAAAUCGAACAACGGGCAGGAUCCAAUAACAAAGAAGAUGGACAGGAUGACUAUCAAAAGUUUUUAGGGAAUGUUCAGGAUCUGUUGUAGAAAGGGUCUCAGACUGCGAAAUAAAUCCUCUUUGGGUCGUAAUGCUUUAGAAGAAAGUUAGCCUUUAACAGGACAAGGUGAUGAAUAAGACAUCUCCGAUUGAUCAUUUUGUUUGGUUCCUGUCAACGAUGGAGAAUAGUAUACUUUGACCCGUGGGUGAUACUAAUUUAGCGU